AAGGCCCUUGUGCUCAUGCACAGGUGAAGCUAAUCACGACAACGAAUGAUGAAAUGGUGCAAGAUUUAGGCAAGGCUUUAUGUGGCAGAUGAGAAACCAUGCAAAGAGUAGCUCAAAAGAUAUUUGAGAAAACAUGCAAAGAGUAGCUCAAAAGAUAUUUGAGAAAACAUGCACUAAUCUCCUUACCAGAAAAAUGACAAGUAAUAACAGAAUAGUUGAGGCUCAUUCUUCAAAUAUUGAGAGUGCUUCUCACCAUACCUAUGUCCAUGAUGACAGUGCGGUGUCCAUGGAGUCCACAGUGGAAAGGACAAAAAAUACCAGUGGCAAACUCAUUUCAGGAAUAAUCUGCAUCAACAUUCUCUUUCUGGGCUGUGCUAUCGUUUGUGGCAGUGCUUUUAACUAUAUCACUAUAACCCCCGUCCAUCGACAACUGUAUCUUAUAAUACUGCUGCUCCUCACUAUGUCAUGGAUGAUCUUUUACAUGGUGCACACUUCCCAGAAAAAUCAACAUAUGCUUUCAAAAGACAUCCAUGCAGCACCUGUGUGGCUCCGAGCUGGUCUUGUGAUGUUUGGGAUUCUCAGUCUUCUGAUGGAUGUCCUCAAAAUUUCCAACUAUGUGGGCUACAUUGACUGUGACAGUGGCACAGCUAUUAAAAUAACAUUCCCAGUCGUCCAAGCUUUAUUUCUCUUUGUUCAGACUUACUUCUUUUUGACUCAUGCCAAAGACUGUGUACUGUCCAACAAAAAUAUUACUUGGUGUGGACUUACAAUCACCCUCUCAACCAACCUGGUGGUUUGGAUGGAGGCAGUGACAGAAGAAUCGCUUCAUCAAACUGAGUUCCCUGAAUUUUAUGAGAAUUGUUCUGAUAGAAUAUACAAAGUCUCUUAUGGCGACAAAACAUGCAAGUGCAACCAGUCUACUUGCACCAUCUUCAAAGGGGCAUACCACUAUCUCUAUCCCUUCAACAUAGAGUACAGUCUCUUUGCUUCAGCCAUGGCUUAUGUCAUGUGGAAAAAUGUUGGUCGAUUGGUUAGAGGCCAAAGCCACCAUCACAAUUUUAAGUUUCAUGCAAAAGAGGUAUGUUUAGGACCUAUAGCAGGAGUCAUUUUGGUUCUGGCUGGCCUUGUCACAUUUGUGUUUUAUGAGGUUGGAACUCAAAUGAAAGAGAAUAAAAAUGACACAGGUUUGCAUAUACACUUUAUAACCAAUAUAGUGAUUGUGUGCUUGAUGUGUUUGUCCACUGCAGUCGGUCUGAUUGUGUACAUUUUGGACCAUAGGGAUCAUGUAUCAGAGAAGAACCCAACUCGCAGUUUGGACGUGGGACUGUUAGUUGGGUCUUCUAUGGGGCAGUUUCUGAUCAGCUACUUCACUAUUGUUGCUGUGGUGUCGACAGGAGUGACAGAUUGUAUUAACGUACUCAACUUAGCCUGGGCUGUUAUGUUGGUGAUCCAGAUUGGAUUGCAGAAUUAUUUCAUUAUUGAGGGACUGCACCGGGAACCAUUUCAUAUGUUGCAACAAUCAAUGGUGUCCAACAGUUCUGCUGCAUAUCAACAACACACAGAGCCAAGUGUUGUGGUAGAAAAUAGUCACCCCAGUUAUCAAUUCUCCUCUGCUGUGCAUAAACUAAACUGGAAAAGAAGAGUCCUGAAGGAAGUCUGCCUCUUUUUGCUGUUGGCUAAUAUAAUUCUCUGGAUCAUGCCUGCCUUUGGUGCCCGUCCUCAGUUUGAUCAAACCAUUGAGAUAAUCUUCUACAAAUUCACAAUGUGGGCCACUAUUGUAAAUAUUGGACUGCCUUUUGGAAUAUUUUACAGGUUGCAUUCAGUUGCCAGUCUUUUUGAAGUCUACUUGACAUCUUGAUGUAAAAAGGCUAUGUGUGUUUUGUGUUUUACAAGUAAAUAUGCCAUAUAUAGGAGAAAAUAUGUAUUACAAUAAAUAUUUUUUGUCAC